AUGAAUAACAAGGUUGCACCUGAGGAUCUGGCUAUCGAAAUGGAAACAGCCGAGACGGCUCUGCUUACCGCAGAGACUGAGAAAGUAUCGCUCGACACUCCAAAAUCGUCCGGUCAUUUGACGAUGAAACGUCUCAGUCUAGUCCUGUUAGCGGUACAAAAUGUAGUUCAUAUUCUACUUGUACGCUACGUGCGCACUCUGCCCGGUCCACGAUUUAUCAAAUCAACUUUCGUGUUCGUUACGGAAAUUCAAAGGACUAUAUUUAGUAUUUUACUAGUUUGGCACGAAGAACGUAGUAUUAUUGCCGGUACAAAAAAGAUUUUUAAUCAGAUCUUUGGAAAUCCGCGUGAUACAUUGAUGGUUAGCAUUCCAGCAUUUAUCUAUACAAUACAAAACAAUCUGAUCAUUAUCGCUGUGUCAAACCUCGAUGCCCCGACUUACAUGGUUACCAAUCAAUUGAAAAUUUUCACGACGGCUAUGUUUACGGUCACCAUGUUGAAUCGUCGACUAGGUCUCAUUCAAUGGUUGUCGUUAGUUUCUCUCUUCUGCGGUAUCUGCCUUGUACAAGUCGACAGUAUAACUUCGAAAGAACCGAAAAAGGAUGUAAAUGCCGUCGUGGGACUUCUGGCAAUGGUCUGUUCUAGUAUUUCCAGUGGCUUUGCAGGUGUAUUUAUAGAGAAACUACUGAAGAAUUCUGAUGUAUCAGUAUGGAUUCGAAAUAUUCAAUUGGGCAUGUUCAGUGUGAUCGGUAGCCUGUCGGUGAUGUUUAUAAUAGACGGAAAAGAAGUGCAAGAGAAAGGUAUUCUGUACGGUUACUCUGAGAUGGUUUGGAUGUCCACUAUUGGUCAUUCCCUAGGCGGGUUAAUCGUCGCAUUAGUUAUUAAAUACGCCGACAAUAUUUUGAAAGGUUUCGCAUCAGCGUCAGCCAUUAUUCUUGCGUGCAUUAUUAGCGUAGCGCUGUUUGAUUUUCAAAUGACUGUUCCAAUGGUGUUUGGUUCGCUAUUGGUCAUCGUAUCUAUUUUGGCUUAUUCGAAUGUGUGCAUACUCGUUGACACGUCAGCGAUUGAUUUUACCAUGAUGGACAAGUUGAAUUUUUUUGUAAAGAAAAUGCCCAUGUAA